AUGAUUAAAGUAGCAUCGUGGAAUAUAAGGGGGCUUAAUAAAGCCCCAAAACAGAAAGAAGUACAUCAGGUUAUGUUUGAAAAUAAACUGGAUGUGUGUGCCAUACUUGAAUCUCAUGUCUCGAGUUUGAGUGUGGACAAAAUUUGUGCUAAGGUUAUGCAUUCUAAAGUGUAUAUCAAAGCUACUAAAAAGUCUUUUUUCUGCUCGUUUGUAUAUGCACAUAACCGUUACUUGGAUAGGCGUGAGCUGUGGAAUAACCUUUCUCUCCAUAACCAGUUUGUUCAUCAAAAAGCGUGGUGCCUUUUAGGUGACUUUAAUGUCGCUUUAAAUCUUGAAGAUAAGUCAGAAGGCAGCUCGACAAUAGACAUUGCUCUGAGAGAGUUUAAAGAUUGUAUUGAGAACUUGGAGGUAACUGAUGUAAAUAGGUCCGGAUUGCAUUACACAUGGAAUCAAAAAGCAAGAGGUAAAUCUGGUUUAUUAAAGAAGAUUGAUCUAGUUAUGGCUAAUCAGGAUUUUCUUGAUAGUUUCAUUGGUGUGAAUGCUAUAUUUCAACCAUUCAGGUCUUAUGAUCAUGCCCCAUCUAUUUUAAGGAUCCCUCUAAAUAUCAAAUACAAGCCCAAGCCGUUUAAAUUUUUCAAUCUAUUGGUUCACAACCCAAAGUUUAAAGUAGUUAUUGCUGAUAUUUGGAAGGUCGAUGUUCCUGGUUUCUGGAUGUAUAGGGUGGUUCAAAGGUUGAAGCUUCUUAAGAAACCGUUGAGAAAGUUAUUGUAUGACCAAGGUAACUUACACGAAAAAGUUCAAAAAUUGCGGCUUCAGCUGGAUACGGUGCAAAUAGCUUUAGAUAAGGAGCCACAAAAUCCAUUAUUAACAGAUGAACAUGCAAUUUAUCUUCAAGAAUAUAAUAAUGUUGUUUUGGAUGAAGAAAGGUUCCUAAAGCAGAAAGCUAAAGUUCAUUGGUUAGAAGUGGGUGACUCAAAUAUUGCAUAUUUCCACAAGGUAGUAAAGGGUUGUGUUUCUAAUAGCCGGAUUGAUACUAUUCUAGACUCUGGUGGAAAUCAAACUGAUGGAGAAUAG